CCUGAUCUCUCUUCCUGCUCCUUUCCCCCACUUCCCCCGCCCCUCUUCCUCUUUGGCUACGUGGUGGUCGCGCAGGCCUACACCCCGACAAUCAGGCAGGCACUCUCCGUGGGGGUGGGUGAAGGGCAAGCCACUGGGGUCCAGAGUGGGAGGACGAAGAGAAAACUCUCCUCCCGCAUUCCUGAUCCCUCGUCCUGCCGCUUUGACCCACCCCUCCCCUAACCUCUUCCUCUACGUGGUGGUGCCCAGACUGACACCCCGACAGUUCAGGCACGCACCCCCUGUGGGGGUGGGGAGAGGGGUGAGCCGUUGGGGUCAGGAGUAGGAGGCAAGUUUGGUGAGUUUGGUGGGAAUAGUAGAGGAGAGAAGGCCGCCGGGCAGGGCAUCUGCGGCAGCCGGAUGGGGCAGGUCGGCCGUGGCGGGACCCCCGGCCUCUGGGUGGCCGCUGGCGCGGGGCGAGCCCUGCUCUGCGCCCUGUGCAUCUGCUGCUCGCUGAGGCCCGGGCUGGCGCAGUACGAGCGCUACAGCUUCCGCAGCUUCCCCCGGGACGAGCUGAUGCCCCUGGAGUCCGCCUACAAGUACGGCCUGGACCAGUACGGCCACGAGAACUGGGCCGAGAGCGUGGGCUACCUGGAGAUCAGCAUGCGCCUGCACCGCUUGCUGCGGGACAGCGAGGCUUUCUGCCACCUCAACUGCAGCACCGUGCGCAUGGAUAGGGACGUGCCCUCGCCCGCGCCCGCGCCCGCACCCGCUCCGGACCCUGGCCUUGACCCUCAGCCCCAGCCCCGGGACAGGUUCGCCGGCUUCCCCGAGCUGCGGCUCUUCGGGGACCUGCUGCACCGCGCGAGGUGCCUCAAACGCUGCAAGCAGGGGCUCCCCGCCUUCCGCCAGUCGCAGCCCAGUCGCGAGGUGCUGGAGGAGUUCCAGCGGCGCGAGCCCUACAAGUUCCUCCAGUACGCCUACUUCAAGGCAAACAACCUUCCAAAAGCCAUUGCUGCCGCCCAUACCUUCCUUCUGAAGCACCCCAAUGAUGAAAUGAUGCUGAGAAAUAUGGCCUAUUACAAGAGCAUGCCUGGUGCUGAGGACUACAUUAAAGACUUGGAAACCAAAUCCUAUGAGAACCUCUUCAUCAGAGCCGUGCGGGCAUACAAUGGAGAGAACUGGAGGACGUCCAUUACCGACAUGGAAUUGGCGCUUCCUGAUUUCUUCAAGGCCUUCUAUGAAUGUCUGGCCGCCUGUGAAGGCUCCAGGGAGAUCAAGGAUUUCAAAGACUUUUAUCCCUCCAUAGCAGACCAUUAUAUUGAAGUUCUGGAGUGCAAACUGAAGUGUGAAGAGAACCUCACCCCUGUCAUCGGGGGUUACCCUGUGGAAAAGUUUGUGGCCACCAUGUAUCAUUAUUUGCAGUUUGCAUAUUAUAAGUUGAAUGACAUGAAGAAUGCUGUUCCCUGUGUUGCCAGCUAUAUGCUCUUUGAUCAGAAAGAUGAAGUCAUGAAACAGAAUCUGGUUUACUAUGAGUACCACAGAGACAAGUGGGGCCUCACAGAUGAGCAUUUCCAGCCCAGACCAGAAGCCGUUCAGUACUUUAAUGUAACAACAAUCCAAAAGGAACUCUAUGAGUUUGCUAAGGAAAACAUAAUGGAUGAUGAUGAGGGAGAAGUUGUGGAAUACUUGGAUGAACUCCUGGAGGAGGAAGGCAGUUAAUUGGAACAAACCAAAGGAAUUCCAGAGCAACGUGGACAAUUCCCCAAGAAGCCCAAGGCCCACAGUGGUUCUUCCUUUUACUCCCUUUGCUCAGGUUCAUGAUACCUCAAAGCCUCCCUUUGUGCUGUGACAUAGAGGGAGAGCACCAGUUUUGACCUCUCAGUACUCACUAUAAGCAGGGAGGCCAACCCUUCCUCCUUGUACCUUCUCUCCAUCAGCCCUGGCCACCUGUCUGGCUGAAGAGUGGUCCUCAAUUUGGUCUCCUUGCUCAGCUUUCUCCAAAGGUAUAAUCUUCUUAAUGAAAAUAGCCGCCCUUACCCAAAAGAGAGACAAUCAUGAGAACUUUCUGCUGCUGUUGAAUUUGUUUGUUUUAGUUUUCAAGUCCUUCAUCGAUUCCUGAAUCAGAAACUGUUUUUUCACAAAACUCUUGGAGAGGUUGUGGAGUGGGUGAAUGGAGAGGGGGUGAGGUGGAGAAGGAAGACUCUUGAGUCUCACCAUUUUGUGCCUUGACACCAACGUCAAUAAAAACCAACCUAAAGGUCUUUAGAUAA